UGUAUAAUUAUAAUUACGAAACGCGAGUAGUGAUCCGUGGGGCGGGGAUCGAUCGGAGGAGCAGGCAACCAUAAAUAAAAGGAGAAGGAAGAUCGGAGCGUCGGUCGGCGCUGCCACUUGCGUACGAAUCAUUGCUGCUUCCGGUAAUGCAGCCAUUCGCCGGCAUUGGAGCGCGGACGCUUCAGAGUCCGUCCGUUGUCCCGUGAUUGAUAGAUUCACCGAUUAGGUCGGAGAGGAAUUGUAGUUGCUGCUUCCGCAAUCACGAAUCUGAGGGCGGAGAAGAAGAACGACGAAAGGCCGAGAGGAGAAUCUGUAUGUGAAGGAGGGAGAUGAAGGGCGGGGGUUCGUCAUCGUCAUCGUACGGCAGUCUCCCUCCGGCGAAGAGGCGGUGGAGAGGCCUCGUGGUCGGAGUGCUCGGCCUCGUUCUGCUUUCCAUGCUUGUUCCCCUCGUCUUCCUGCUCGGCCUCCACAACGGCUUUCACUCUACUCCCGCAUAUCCAACCGAACAACGAACUUCAGAUUCUAUUGAUCUUAAAGUUUAUGAUCGACACAGCAGGGGUAAAUCUGGGAAUCAGUCUAAGGGAGACCAAUCAACAGCACAUGUAGAUGACCUCAUCAGAAGAUUGGAACCAACUCUUCCUAAGGAUUUUAAAAAAGAACCAGUCAAGGCAGCUGUUAACAAUACUAUUGGAUCUACUGUGUCUUCUGAUGCACCAAAACCACGUCACAGAGAAAAUAGAACUAGAACUGGCAGAAUUGUUGAAGUUGCUGAACAUAUGACAACUAGAGCUGGUGGAAAGGUCGAAGUUGCUGAACAUAUGACAACUAGAACUAGUGGAAUGGUUGAAGUUGCUGAACAUAUGAAAAGUGUCACUGAUGAGAUUGAAAAAUCAUGUGAAGUGAAAUUCGGGAGCUACUGUCUAUGGCGUCAAGAACAUAGAGAAAAAAUGAAAGAUGAUACAGUGAAGAAAAUGAAGGACCAACUUUUUGUGGCUAGAGCUUACUAUCCUAGUAUUGCAAAGCUUCCAGCACAUGAAAAAUUGUCCCGUGAGAUGAAGCAAAAUAUUCAAGAGUUUGAGCGACUUCUUAGUGAAACUACCACAGAUGCAGAUCUCCCUCGCCAGAUUGAGGACAAACUACAAAAGAUGGAAACCGUAAUAGCCCAAGCAAAGUCAUUUGUUGUGGACUGCAAUAAUGUUGACAAGAAAUUGAGGCAAUUAGUUGAUCUGACAGAGGAUGAAGCUAACUUCCACAUGAAGCAGAGUGCCUUCCUCUACCAACUUUCUGCCCAAACUAUGCCUAAAAGUCUUCACUGUCUGUCGAUGCGACUGACUCUGGAAUAUUUCAGAUCUCCUCCUCCUGAUAUGGAGCCGUCAGUGGCUGAUAAAUAUAACAAUCCAGCAUUGCACCACUAUGUUAUAUUCUCCAACAAUGUACUAGCAUCAUCUGCAGUAAUUAACUCAACUGUAAUGCACUCAAAAGAAAGUGGGAAUCAAGUCUUUCACGUGCUGACAGAUCAGCAGAAUUACUUUGCCAUGAAGCUUUGGUUCUAUGAAAACACUUACAAGGAUGCUACUAUACAUGUAUUGAAUGUUGAAGAUUUUAAUCUGAGUGACAUGGAGGCUACGGCAUUACAUAUGUCCUCCGCUGAAGAAUUUCGUAUUUCCUUUCCCAGCACUGAUACACUGUCUACAACUCAUAUUAGAACAGAAUACAUCUCUAUUUUCUCUCAUUUACAUUAUCUCCUUCCUAAAAUCUUUGGGAAUUUUAAGAAAGUUGUGGUUUUAGAUGACGAUGUUGUCGUCCAACGAGACUUGUCAGCCCUCUGGAGCCUGGACAUAGAGGGAAAAGUGAUUGGUGCUACACAGUUCUGUGCUGUGAGGUUGGGUCAGCUGAGGAACUUUUUGGGUGACAAUAUCUCCAACACAAAUUCCUGUGCUUGGAUGUCUGGAUUGAAUGUUGUUGAUCUAGUUAGGUGGAGGGAGCUAGAUGUCACAGAAACAUUUUGGAAAUUGGUACAAAAGCAGCCAAACGCAGGGGAGGAAUUAUUUCAAGCUGCUGCACUACGCGCAAGCUUGUUUGCUUUUCAAGGCCUAGUUCAUGCUCUUGAUGAUACAUGGGUAUUGUCAGGACUGGGCCAUGAUUAUAGCCUGGAUACUGAAUCCAUUCAGAAGGCUGCAGUCUUACAUUAUAAUGGAAAUAUGAAACCAUGGAUCGAAAUGGGCAUUCCAAAAUACAAGGGUUACUGGAGGACAUUUGUGAACCGAGAAAAUCAUUUCCUAAGCGAUUGCAACGUGAACCCAUGAAGAGGCUACCCCGGUGGCUCAUCACUCAAAAAUACGGACAAUAUAGGAAUCCGAGAAGCAGGGGCCUUGUGAUGUCUAUUUUUCCUUGAUGCAACAGGGUUUUCACCUGAGCAAGUUUUUUGGUGGGGUGGCAUGGAAGUAGUUACAGCCACAAAUGUUUGUUAUGGUGAAUAAAGGUGGGGGAGGGAGGGAUGAAAAUUUUGUCUAGUUUCUGACAGCAGGCAGAAGCAAGAGUUUUAGAGGCAGCUACUGUUCGUAGGACUGGAGGAGAAGUUGAUAAAGACAGAAGACAAGGUUGACAUGCAAUUUCAUGGACAACCUCUCGUGGAGACUUUAAGAAGAGGAAGAGCUCAAGUUCUCUCUCUGCAUUUUUUUUUAUUGUAUUGUUUGGUAGUUUGUAUGAAGAAGCAAAAAAAGCAAUGUGGGAUUUAUGUGAUCCUGUACAUAGGGCAGCAGCAGCGGCAGCAGCGCUGUUUGCAGGGUUUCCUGAAGGAUUACCAAAACGACCACAAUAUUAUUGUUGGGUUAGAUAUCAUAACAAUUUGUUC